CUAACCCCAAUUUCUUUCUCCCAACCCUACCACUGAAAAAACAAACUAAUUGGGAGAGAGAUGGCCCAGAACCACAAGGAUGCAAACUACUACUAUAUCAUUGAUAAGCCAACCAACCAAACUAACAAUUUCUAUCUCAAAAAAACACUUCAAUUUCUUGUCCCAAUUUCCAUAAUUUCUUUCCUAGUUUCCUAUUUCUCACUAUUUUCCAUAAUAUUUCAGUUCUACUACUCCUCCAUAUUUCCAUCUCUGAGUGAGAGAAAAUGCAUGUUUUUACUCUUCAACGGCAUCCUCGCAUUUUUGGCCAAAAACCUCAACGUCAACCUCAACACCUCAGCCCGAGACAAUUUCGACCGCGAAGAUUGUUUUUUUAACGUCGAAUAUGAUCACAAUUCGUCGAAUGCCUCUGUAGUUAUAGAGGAGAUCGAGGUAAAGGUUCAAGACGACCGCGCCUCUCAGAAUGCAGCGGAUGAGAUCAUAGAGACUGAAAUGGUGUGUGAAGAUCGGAACGAAGAUGAAGAUGGAGACGAAGACGAUGAAGAAAGUGAAGGCGUAGAGGAGUCGGCUUCGGUGGUGAGCGAUAUGAGAGUUAGCACGGAGGAGUUGAACAAGAAGUUUGAUGAGUUUAUUAGGAAAAUGAAAGAGGAGAUUAGGAUUGAAGCUCGACAGCAAUAUUUGAUCGUAGUGUAGAAGUAGAAAUUAAAUGGGACAGCCUAUAUGUAGAUGGAAUAAAUUAAAUAAAAUUUUGUACAGCUUCUCCUCAUGAUAAAUAAAAUCAUUUAUUGUGGACUUAGACAAA